GAGAGCAGCAGAAGCAGCGUCUGGCGAAGGAAGUGCCACCGUGUCCACAGAGAGGACUGGUUACCUGGACCUGAGCCUGCACACGUCUUGUUUACAGGCCUGUGAGGUCGUGCUCGGGUUUUAUUGCUCACUCUUUCUCUUUCGUUACAAGGGUCAGUUUAUGAAACCUCCAAUCUGGAUCGCGGCGGCACCAACAGGAAGAAGAAGAUAGAGGAAUUCUCUCGCUCUUCUCGGGAGAAAAUCGUCCAGUCCAAGAACAAAAUGUUCUCCAAAUUCACGUCCAUCCUGCAGCAUGCUGUGGAAGCGCUUGCUCCGUCGCUGCCCCUGCAGGAAGACUUUGUCUACCACUGGAAGGCCAUAACGCAUUACUACAUCGAGACUUCUGAUGACAAAGCUCCAGUUACAGACACAAACAUCCCGUCCCACCUGGAACAGAUGCUGGACAUCCUGACCCAGGAGGAAGCGGAGCGGGAGUCUGGAGAGACCGGACCCUGCAUGGAGUACCUCCUUCACCACAAGAUCCUGGAGACGCUCUACACACUGGGCAAGGCAGAUUGUCCUCCGGGGAUGAAGCAGCAGGUGCUAACCUUUUACACAAAGCUGCUCGCACACAUUCGUCAGCCUCUGCUGCCCCACAUCAACGUCCACAGACCUGUACAGAAACUGAUCCGUCUGUGCGGGGAGGUGCUGGCUGCGCCGACAGAAAACGAAGAGAUUCAGUUUCUUUGUAUCGUCUGUGCCAAACUAAAGCAGGACCCGUACCUCGUCAACUUCUUUCUUGAGAACAAGUCAAAGCGACCGGAGACUAAGAGUCCUGGACGAACGGAGGUGUUGAAGGAGAACGUGUUGGCUCCAGACACCGGUCAGUCUCGGUCAGAGGAGCAGGCUGAGGAGCCGCAGGCUGCAGCUGCUGCCUCCACCUCCAGUCCAAUCACCAACAAUAACAACAGCAACAACUACAACCUCGUCUCCUCCCUGCUCAACCUCACUAAGAGCCCUGACGGGAGGAUCGUGGUGAAGGCGUGCGAGGGCCUGAUGCUGCUGGUCAGUUUACCGGAGCCUGCAGCCGCCAAGUGUUUGAUUGAAAACACGGAGCUGUGUGACCUUCUGACCGACAGGCUGGUCUCCUUCUAUAAAGCGCUGCCUCAGUCCAUGGACCCGCUGGACAUCGAGACCGUGGAGUCGGUUAACUGGGGUCUGGAUGUGUACAACCUGAAGGAGGACGCUGCCAUCUUCACGGGGAAGCGAGCUCUCAUCUCCUUCCUGUCGUGGCUGGAUUACUGCGACCAGCUGAUCAAAGAGGCUCAGAAGUCAGCAGCUGCUGUGAUGGCGAAGGCAGUGAGAGAGCGAUUCUUUGUGUCUGUUAUGGAGCCACAGCUAAUGCAGACGUCUGAGGUGGGCAUCCUGACCUCCACAGCGCUGCUGAACCGGAUCAUCAGACAGGUGACGUCGGAGGCUCUGCUGCAGGAGAUGGUUUACUUCCUGCUGGGCGAGGAGAGAGAGGCGGAGACAGCAGCUACCAUCGCUCAGAAUCCUCUCAGACACAGACUCAUCGAGCACUGUGACCACCUGUCAGACGAGAUCAGCAUCAUGACUCUGCGGCUGUUCGAGCAGCUCAUCCAGAAGCCCAACCAGCACAUCCUCCACAGCCUGGUGCUGCGCGGCCUCGGGGAGAGGAACUACCUGGAGAACAAACCACAGGAGGAGCGGGAGCCCCUGGAGAACGGGCAGCCCCAUGAUGCCGUAGACCUUGAGGAGGAUCCUCUGUUCGGUGACGACGUCUCUCCUGACAGCAGGCUGUCCGGUUCUGAUUGGCUCAGCUCGUCUCCGCCUCAGAGUCCCGAUCACUCAAAGUCUGACGGGAAGACGGAGGUGCACAAGAUCGUCAACAGUUUUCUGUGUUUGGUUCCCGAUGAGGCGAAGUCUUCAUAUCAGGUCGAAGGGACGGGCUACGACACCUACCUCAGAGACGCACACAGACAGUUCAGGGAUUACUGCGGUGUCUGUCAGCGGUGGGACUGGAGGGGGAAUCCCAAGCCGUUCGAGAAGUGUAACCUGGACAUCCCGUUCUUCGAGGGACACUUCCUCAAGGUCCUCUUCGACAGGAUGGGUCGCAUCCUCGAUCAGCCCUACGAUGUGAACCUGCAGGUGACGGCCGUGCUGUCCAAGCUGUCUCUGUUACCACAUCCACACUUGCACGAGUACCUGCUGGACCCCUACAUCAACCUGGCCCCCGGCUGCAGGUCUCUGUUCUCCGUCAUCGUCAGGGUCGUUGGAGAUCUCAUGUUGAGGAUUCAGCGAAUCCCGGACUUCACUCCCAAACUGCUGCUGGUGAGGAAGAGAUUACUGGGCUUGGAGCCGGAGGGCAUCACUAUCGACCACAUGACUCUCCUGGAGGGCGUGAUCGUGCUCGAGGAGUUCUGCAAAGAGCUGGCAGCCAUCGCCUUCGUCAAAUACCACGCAGCAGCCUCGUCCUCGCCGUGACUCUCCUGCUGAUCAUCCAUCUGCCUCGCUCUGCAGACAGGUCAGGAUGGGACUUCUUUGGGGUGCGGUGGAAACGGUGGCACAGGGUCGGCAUAAAAAAAAACUUCACACCUAACUGCUCAUCCCCGACUGAUAGAGCCAACAUGGAUGGAUUCAUAGCUCCGCCUCCUCCGGCCUCCCAGGCUGCUCCAUGAAAAGUCUCUGGUCUGUGUUUGACCGAUUGGAGCGAAGACACUGCCCAGCCCGAGGAGGAGGAGGAGGAGGGAGAGGAGGGGGAGCAGAGAGAUGGUCACUGGACUCUUUUCAGCCGCUGACUUUUCUCUCCCUCGCCUCCCUCGCCAUCCCUCCUCCUCGUCCGUCAAAAGACGACAUCCUGUAAAGAUUCUGUCGAGGACAAAACAUGUUUGUGUAUUUAUUUUCUGUCCUGUCGUCGGCCAUUUGUAAAAGUCAUUGCCUUAGUGUGGAUUCACACCUUUCAGUUACAGACUGUUUCCUGUCGAAACAUUUUAAUCUUGAGUCGUCUGUUUGAAGACAAGAGGUCCACUACCUUCUGAUCUUUGACCUCCUCAUACCCCUGUAGUUACAUUCAUGUUGAGGUGCAGUAUUUACGAUGCUGCGCUCAGAUUUUAUACGCCAAGUCGUCGUUAUUUAUUUGCUUUCAGGUUGCCUUUUUAACUGACGUCAUAUUAAGAAGGACGUCGAUCACUUUAUUUGUUUCUCUUCAGUUCGUCUUUAAUCACCCAAAGAUUUCACCUGACAUCACUUCCUGUUCCUGAAACAGGAAACGCUGUGACGUCGUUUCAUCGAUGCUUUCAGACUUUUUAACUCCACGCUCAGUGUUGCAUUUCUCACACACACACACCGGUGUUUAUUUAAUCAAAGCGAUGUGUGUGUUUAAUCGUUUUUAUAACAUUUAUAAUUCUGUUUAUUUUAUCGAUGAGAGGAAGCCGAGGAUCAAGUCGCUUCAUGUGAUGCGUUCAGGCGUCUUUCAAACGUAUUUAAAGUCACACUGACGCCUUCGAUUGUCACUUUAUGAGAAGCUGGGUUGGGUUUUCAGACUCCACUUCACCAACUAUCACAGUACACAGCGAGCGAGAGGUCAAAAACCUCGCAGCGCUCGAAAUACGAAGAUCAACUUAAUGAGAGCGACGCGUUUCGGCCUGUGGCGUUCACGAGGAAGACCCCGAUGAAGGCCACAUGCUGAAACACUUCAGACCAAUCAAGUUAAUAACUCAUUUUAUUCACACGUUGGACAUUUUCCUCUGAACGCAUCGUUUUAGAGGAUCCAAUCGACGGGCGCCCUGUGCACCGCCAUGCUGCUCAUCCCAGGUCGCAGCUAGAGCGGGAACAGACCGCUUUUAAGAUCAGAGUUGUCCGGCGCUUGCCAGGAUCGUUGAGGCCGACUUAAAGCUCAAAGCAUAGAAAACAUCAGAGCGAACGUGUCCUUUCACUCGUUAUUAUUUUGUUGCUCUUCUGUAUUUCAGAUUUGCAAUUUGUGGAUCUCAAAAAGUUAACGUUAAAGAAAGACGAUGGAUCGUGAAAACCAGGAGAGGAAUCGGUCUGUUUUUUUAGUUUGAAACAGUCCAUGAGGUUUAAACUCCUGCGGUGCUGACAGUCUGUUGAAUGAUUUGGUUCGUUGUUUUGACCUCGCCGUCGUAUAACCUUCAAACAUGGCCGCAGGUCGUUUUGAUUCCUCUCUAUGAUCGUCUUUUCAGUCCUUCAUGAAUCAGAUAACGGCAGUUAUUUCACGAUUUGUCAAACACGAUUUGAAGCUUUUAACACGAUACGAUGUCAAAGCAGCUUUUCUGAGCGUGACAUCAGAGGAAAAUGGCCGCCGUCUGAGCACGGUGAAAGGUUUCAAACCUUUAUUGACUUUUGACCCCUGAAACAGAAACACGUCGUCUUAGUCGUCGUCUGUUUGACCCCGUCAUGUCUUCAGUUCUCAGAAGAUUCAAUCUGAACAUCAGAGAUCAGUGUGUGCGGCCUGGACUCAGAACGCUGUCACGACUUCCUCUGAGCUGGCGUGUGUUUACCUGCAGUAUUACCUGUCCCCCCCCCCCCCGGCUGUGUGCUGGAUGAUGUAACGUUUGAAUAUGUUUAAAUCACUUCAGUGUAACUUUAUUUGAAUGAUUGGUGGCGUGUGUGUCGGGACGAUGGCGUUCACGUGUGACUGACGCCGCGACUCGUCCGGCUCCAUCAGCACCUCAGCUACAUUAUGCAACCGCCUGCAUGCAUUCACAUUUGCACAUUGUCUUUUUUCAUCUUUGUUUAUGAUGUAAAUGUACAAAAAAAAAGAUCUUUUUUGUUUUUUCCAAAAUGUUUCAUAAACCAAAAAAGACGAAAAUUCUCGGAUGUUCCAGAAGUUUCUAUUUUUAGACCUCGUCUUCAUCGCCACGCUCUGACGCUCGCUCGUACACAUGUAGAUAACGUGUGUAUGAUAGCGAUAGAGAUCUACUUCCUGCUGUACAGGCAUGCAUGAACAUGAUUUUUCUUUGUUAAAGAGAAGAGAAAAAGGAGGAUUUGUUUGUGUGGGGACGAUUCAGAGAGUCUGAGAGGAGACUUGAUGCCUUACUUGACACUGUGGAUCUCUGACCACGCCUCAGAUCCACGUGGCGUGAUGUGGCGUGUACAUCUGAUGGAGCAUCUCUUGUGUUACACUUUCUAAAAGAUGCACACGACUCUGAGUCGUCACAUAUCUGAUGCCAACUGAUUUGUUUUUCCUGUCAGCUUCGACCAAUCACUGUUCCCUGUUUGUGCGUGUUCAUGUUCAUCGCUGCUUUGAAACGGGACGUAGAGCAUCCCGUCUCUUCUUUCACCGCCGCCUGUUUCCGUUUGUGAUGGUGCAUCAUUUCACGUUAUGGUGCAUGCUCGCUCCUCUGGCCUCUCAGAGAACAUGUGAUCUCAUUUAGCCGUCUUCAUUUCAGCUCCGUUUGUGUUUCAUUACGGACAACAUGGUUUUCCUUUAACUUCCUCCGUCCUGAUUAAAAAAAACAGAAAACAGUCUUCA